UUUUAUUAUUUAUGCAUUGUUAUGAGAUAUUACAGGACAGGAAAGUAGGGAGAAUAGGAAUGACACGCAACAAAGGGCCGCGGGACGGAUUCGAACCCGCACCGCUGCCAAGGACUCAGCUACAGCCUACGUGCCUAGCUACUCUUUUCCUUAGCCGUUAGCUCGCUAAGCUAAUGUUACACCACCUGCCGCAAAUGUUAACCGGUAUUUCAACAACCUGUGACCGCGACUCUUGCUUUACUCCAGUGAGCUAGCUAGCUAAGUGCAGUGGGAUGCCUUUCUGCAGCGUUUGGAUGAUGAGUUACAACUGAGUGCUAAAAUACUGGAUGGGAACCAUCAGUCAAAAUAUACUUCACCAGAUACAUCUCUCAUUGAUGCCAAAACAGAACAGUGAGAUUGGAGAAAUAUCUUGGGAAACAACACCCUGCUGGUGUUAAUCUGUCAGUUCUCCUGUCUACUCGGCCGUCUCCACCUUAAAGAUCUGGAGAAGAAUCAGGUGAUGUCCACCUCUUUGGGCUCCGGUUUCCUCUGCAGCUGAAUCAGAUGAACAAACAUUUUGUUAACAGCCAUUUCAAGUGGACACCGGAUCGACAACAUAAUGUGAUACUUCCAAUAUUUAUGAAGCCCCUGAUGCUUUUGGAUCAACAAGUUAAUUCACACAUUUCUGUGGACAGCGCUCCAAGUUGUCAUUUCAGGAAAAAUAGAUGCGUCCCUCCUCCAACCCAUUCACCUCCAGUUCUGAUCAUUCCCAGCAGCCAGGGGUUCCUCCAUCAUCAGAAGCCCUGCUUCAUAUAAACAUCCAUUCAGAUCUUCAGGCUCUUCCUUAAUCACCACCACCAGUGUCUAGACUCCAUCAGAUGGACUCCCCGUUGAUCUUCAACCACUGACCCACCUGCCUCAGACGCUCCUCAAAGAUGGGAGCGAUCCUUCCAUCGUGUGUCGGGCCGAUGUUCAUCAGCAGGUUUCCCCCACAGGACACAGUCUCCACCAAUGUCUAAAAACAGCAGGUGUCCUGGCUGGUAGCGAUCAGCACAGGUGUAAUAUCCACCGUGGGUGCAGAUGGAGCCAGAGCCCCAGCGAUCAUUCGUCACCACUGUGUCUCGCACAGGACUGUGAAGAAAUAGAGGUCAAUAUCACACUGGCUGCGUAAAGGAUACAAUUUAUAAAACACACACUUACUGUAUAAAGUCAUUCAACAAUUACCUGUCGUUAUAGAGCCAGGCUAAGAAACCUGUGCUAUUCCAGUACUUGUCAGGUGCGUCACCAUCCCCAUCAGACCAAAGUACCUCUGGUUUGUACUUGACAAUGAGCUCAUAAAGCUCGGGCAGAGUUUUACUGGUUGGAAAGUAUUGUGUAGUGAAGACAUUGGCAGCGUCCUGUUCAAAGAGCGGAUUAAACCACUCAAAGAGAGAGUGAUACAGCCCUAAACGCAGGUCACUGUUAGCACGGAGAGCACUCGCCACUUCAUCUACCAGAUCUCUCUUUGGUCCAACAUCCACUGCAUUCCAGUUCCAGGAGUUUUUUGAGCCCCAUAGUGUGAAACCUAAAAAAUUAAACAAUACAUUUUCUGCAUGGCUGAAAGGAUGCAGCAUUGCAUAUGUGGAAUGUGGAAUUAUGCCCUUGUUUUAGCACUUUGAAAUGUUCUUUUUGUGACGAUAAAGUAUAAACAAGAAUAAAUACUGAGAGACAGGAUGUGGAUCAUGUCCUGUACCUUCAUGGUGUUUUGUGGUUAGGAUGAUGUACUUUGCACCUGAUGAGACAAAGAUGUCCGUCCACUCUUUGGCAUCAAAGAACUCAGCAGUGAACUGUGAUGCAAAGUCUUGAUACUUGAAGUCUGGAGGAUAAUUCCUCUGCAUGAAGUCAACAUACGGCUUUAGUUUUUGCUUCUGCCAGUACCACCUGAAGCAGAAAACAAACACAAAACAGGCUGAAGGAAAAUGAGCCACUCAAUGAAGGUAAACAAUACAUUAAUAACAUGUUAAAAUGAAUUAACAUAUCAUAAGCAUGCUAUAAUACGCUGUAUAAUACCCUUGAGCCUUAAACAUGGACAUGCUAUCAUAAACCUACAAUAACCCCUAUUAUUUAGGUUCAAAGUCCAUUAGCUGUUCUGGAGCUUUUGAGCCUAUUGCAUGACCUUAAUCAGCAGUGGUUUGCCCAGUGUUCAUGCAAUUGUAUAUUUCCACUUUUUCUGAGCACUUCAAGGUCUUAUCGCCCUGUUAACUUAAAAGUUGAGUAUCUCACUACAAGGACCAUUUAUAGUUGCUAUUCUGGAGCUUUCUGACAUACCACAUGAUUUUCAUCAGUAGAUGAUCAGAUUUGAACCUCAGAUUUUAAGCAAAACUCACCAGAACCACUCACUGCCGAAGCUCGGAACAGAGAAAACUCCCCAGUGUAUGAAGAUGCCAAACUUGGCCUGAUCGUACCACUCUGGCAGCGGUCUGGAGUCGAUGGAUUUCCAGUUAGGUUCGUAUUUUGCUCUGCAGGUGCUGAUCAACAGCAUCGAUAAAAGGAAAGAAACAGUUAAACCUCCCAUUUUAGGUCAAAAUCACCUAGUGUGGCGAAACGAUCUGGAGGACGAGGUGACUAUCGCAAGAUAUAGCAUCACGUUGAUGGUGAAAUGAUUAAGCGAUAAAGUCAUAACCAAAAAACAGGAACAUUAAACCUCUAACGUAGAACACAGCUUCUUGAAAACAUUUGGGGUGCUUAAUCUGCUGACCGUUGGUGCACCGGUGAUGUUAAACCAAACAGAUUUAAUGGAACCCCGCUUCCCCGGGCAACCCUGCGUUCUACAUCUCGCGCUCCCACGAGUCUACGCAUGCGCGGUCCGUCUCGCUUUGCGGAAGAAGUUGAUGUUUUGAUUUUGAACGCUACUCCACAUGCAUGGCUACGUUGACUGUCACUGUCAUAUCUCUGCGGGGGAUUUUGACAAGGACAUAGAGGAGGUGAUUGAGAAUUCAAAAACGGCUGGAUUGUUAGCAGUAUUAGCCGUGGCCGAGCAUGCUGGGGAAUUUGACAAGAUUAUUGAGUUGUCACAGAGGUUUCCAGGUUUUAUUUUUCCCUGCCUUGGAGUCCACCCUGUUCAAGAAGUUUCCCCAGAGCAACAGAGGGGGGCUUCUCUCCAGGAUUUAGAUGCUGCUCUACCCAUAAUAGAGAAAUACAAAGACCACCUUGUGGCCAUUGGGGAGGUUGGUUUGGAUUUUACACCCAGAUAUGUCAGUGGUGAGAGUGACAAAGAGAGCCAAAGGCAGGUUCUCAUUCGUCAGGCACAGAUAGCCAAGGAACUGGAUCUCCCUCUAAAUGUUCAUUCACGGUCUGCAGGAAGACCCACCAUCCACCUUCUGAAGGAGCAAGGUGUUGAAAAAGCCCUUCUUCACGCUUUUGAUGGGAAACCGUCUGUUGCCAUGGAGGGAGUGAAGGCUGGAUAUUUCUUUUCUAUCCCACCAUCCAUCAUACGCAGUGAACAGAAGCAGAAACUUGUGAAACAGUUGCCAUUAGAGAACAUCUGUCUAGAAACUGAUUCACCUGCUCUCGGUCCAGAAAAGCAGGUGAGAAAUGAGCCCAAAAACAUCUGUAUCUCUGCCGAGUACAUCAGUAAGAUCAAAGGAGUGUCGCUGCAGGAGGUGAUGGAGGUGACAACACAGAACGCUCUCCGACUCUUCCCAAAGCUAAAGUCUGCUAUCAGACCCUGAUAAAGUGUAAAUCAAUUUCAGAGCCACAAAUUAAAAGCAAAAAAAAAACUAUGUGUGGACUUGUGUGCUUAAAGUCAUUUAUUUAUCGCCAUUUGUUAUUAAAUAAAGGAAGAUGAGAUAACAAUUUA